AUGGCAUCCGCCUCUACCUCGUCGACCUCUAUGCUGCCCCAUGAGGUCGCCCCCACCAUAUCCAUCGAGACCACAAAACACCUUUGGGAGACGCACGCCAGGUGUUCGAUGUCGUGUCGCGACCCGGACGCCAAGGUCGUCGACGGUGGCUUUGCCACGCAGUUGGAGGUGCUCGGUGCUGACAUCAACGACCCGCUCGAGAGCGUCGCUUGCCUCAUCACCAGGCCGCACCUCGUCAAGGAGGUUCAUAUGCAGUAUCUUGAAGCAGAAGAUUUACUGCGAACAAGUGUAAAACUGGCCGUUGAUGCUCGCGAUGAAUUCUGGAAGUCAGCACUUAGGAAGUCCAAGCCUAUCCACAACCGUGCUCUGGUUGCGGCAUCCACUAGGAGCUAUGGAGCCUAUCUUGCUGAUGGAUCAGAGUACAAUGAAUCAUACAGAGCUGACAUCAGAGCCGAAAAGCGGAAGGACUUCCACAUGCGCCGGCUGCAAGUCCUUGCAAGUGCCGGUCCUGACCUGAUUGUGUUUGAGUACAUGUACAGACAGCUGCAAGAUUUAGGACAUGGUUGGUGUGGUGGUGCCAUAGUGAGUGGAUUGGUUUGCUUCAGUCAAAUUAUUGGAGGGAAGUAUAGUGGAACUAUUGCCAGCUUUCUGUGGAGGGCAACUUCAUCACUCCAUUUCGGUGUUGCGGCAUACAAGGAUUCAACUGUUACAAACAGUAUGGCAGCGAAGGUUCUGGAGAUGUCUCUACUACCAUCUUCAUAUCAAUUUAUGUUGGUACAUUAUGUGAGUCACAGAGUGAUUGCUAAUGAAACCAAUCAGCAUCAGCUUUGGCAUUUCACUAAGACAAAUCAGUAUAUCUCUACUUUGGCAUUUGAGUCGUGGAUUUUGGAGACCCUUUCAUCGGAUGGAGAACUAUUGCCAUUUGAUAACAUAUCAUUCACUGAUCUUUGGGAGAUUGCUCAAUGGAUAUCACUUCAAGGAACAUUGGACUCGGGGCCUGGAAAACGUCUUCUUCCGCCCUGA